UACUAUCGUUAGUAUGCUCAUUUAAAAUACAAAAGCAGAAAAAUAGUGAAAAGAAUAUUUUCUUUUUUAAAAGAAAAAAAAAGUUCGUAAUUUGCUUGCUUCUUAUGCAAAAAACUAUCCCAAAAGUGGUUGAUGAAUUUGGCCACUGUAUUGUCUGCUUCUGGUUACCAAAGGGAAGUUAGGAUUUGAUUUGAGCUUCCCUGAAAACCACUUUCGGGGUAUUCAAAUUCAGAGGAAACUGUUUGGGAAUUCGUUUCUCAUAUCAAAAUCCAUGCUUUUGAGCUCUAUAUCAGUUUUGGAAUCUGCUGCGGAUAACACUUAGACAUAGAGAGAAAAUGGAAAAAUCGAAAUUUCUUCUUGAGAUUGCCGGCGACUGUCUCUUGUAAGUUUUGAGAAUUGGGUUUUCAAGAAUGGGAAGUGUUAGGAUGUGCUUAGAUGCCUGUGAAUUCAUGCUUGAUCAGGUUACUGCGAUUUUCAUGGCUUUGAAAUCCAAGAAUUGAGAUUUCAGGUGUGAAGGAAGUUAUCUCUUAUUGUGAUGUGCUGAUUUUUUUAAUGGCGCUUUGUGUAUGAUCAUGGAGAAGCAGGAAUAAUUUCUGGGUUUUCUAAUUCACAGAAUCAGGAUUUCAUUUUAUAAAGAAGUGAUUACUUUCUGAAAUUCAUUGAUAAUUCAGUGAGGGAUUGUGCAUGAAGAUGGAGAAACAGAGCAGUUUUAAGGUACGAACAAUGGAGAAACAGCAGAGUUUUAAACAGAAAGUGAUGGAAAAACACCCUAGUUUUCGUGGUGGAACAGAAAAUCAUUCCACUCCCCGUGGAUUAAUGGAAAAGCAUCCCAGCUUUCGUGGGGCACUUGAGAAACAAAAAAGUUUUCGUGGGUUUAUGGAGAAACAGAAGAGUUUUCGUUCUGUGAUGGAGAGGCAGCUUAGUUUUAUUGGUGGUGGUGACAGGAAGAAGAGCAAGGAGUCACCUGGAAAGCGAGGCGACUCACAGAUUCAUUUGGCAGCUCGAGCAGGGAAUUUAAGUAGAGUUAGGGAGAUUCUUCAGAAUUGUGAUGGUAAUGAUGCAAAGGUUUUGUUGGCAAUUCAGAAUCAAGAAGGAGAAACUCCCCUCUAUGCAGCAGCUGAGCAUGGGCAUGCGAUGGUAGCUGCAGAGAUGCUGGGAUACAUGGACCUGGAGACUGCAUCUGUUGCAGCUAGGAAUGGAUUUGAUCCAUUCCACAUUGCAGCAAAGCAGGGUCAUCUGGAGGUGUUGAAGGAGCUUUUGCAUGGAUUCCCCAACUUGGUCAUGACCACAGAUUUAUCCUGUACAACUGCCUUACACACAGCUGCCACUCAAGGUUAUGUUGAUGUGGUCAAUCUUCUUCUGGAAACAGAUUCAAAUCUAGUUAAAAUUGCUCGGAAUAAUGGUAAAACUGCCCUUCAUUCAGCUGCAAGGAUGGGGCACCUUGAAGUUGUGAGAUCCUUAUUAGGCAAGGAUCCAAGCACUGGCCUUAGAACUGAUAAAAAAGGACAAACUGCACUGCACAUGGCUGUGAAAGGGCAAAAUGAGGAAAUUGUGCUGGAAUUAUUAAAACCUGACCCCUCUGUUAUGAGUUUGGAAGAUAAUAAAGGGAACACAGCAUUGCAUAUUGCAACAAAGAAGGGCCGUACACAGAAUAUACGUUGCUUGUUAUCAGUUGAGGGUAUCACUGUCAAUGCAACUAACAAGGCUGGAGAGACCCCACUCGACAUUGCAGAAAAACUUGACAUUCCAGAAAUUGUGUCCAUUUUGAAGGGAGCAGGGGCUGUCAAUUCUAAAGAUCUUGGAAAACCACCAAAUCCAGCCAAGCAGCUUAAGCAGACUGUCAGUGACAUAAAACAUGAUGUCGAGUCCCAGCUUCAGCAGACCCGUCAAACAGGUUUCAGAGUGCAGAAGAUUGCUAAGAGGUUGAAGAAACUCCAUAUUAGCGGCCUCAACAAUGCCAUAAAUUCUGCCACUGUUGUUGCUGUGCUCAUAGCCACUGUUGCUUUUGCAGCCAUUUUCACUGUACCUGGACAGUAUGUUGAGGAUAAAGAAAAAGGAACGUCUCUUGGGCAAGCCCAUAUAGCAAAAAAUCCAGCUUUCCUAGUCUUCUUUGUGUUUGAUAGCCUGGCAUUAUUCAUCUCUCUAGCCGUCGUUGUAGUCCAAACGUCUGUUGUUGUGAUUGAACAGAAGGCAAAGAAGCAGCUUGUGUUUGUUAUUAACAAGCUUAUGUGGCUAGCUUGCCUCUUCAUUUCAAUUUCCUUCGUGUCUCUCACUUAUGUGGUGGUGGGUCAGAAGUCAAGGUGGCUUGCUAUUUAUGCAACUGUAAUCGGUGGUUCAAUUAUGCUUACUACAAUUGGAUCCAUGUGUUAUUGCGUGAUUUUGCAUAGAAUGGAGGAGUCAAGAUUGAGAAGUAUAAGGAGGGAAAGUCGAUCCCGGUCAUACUCUAUGUCUAUGGUAUCAGAACAGGAGAUUUUGGACAGUGAAUAUAAGAGAAUGUAUGCACUGUAAGGACAUCAGGAUGGAGAGAAAUGGAUCAACUAGCUGACCUAUUAUUCUCGUUUAUAUUAUGAAAAUGGCUAUAUGAUGCUCUAAUGAAACUUUCUUGCAAGUUGAGGUAUUGCAUCACUGGAAUAAUAUAAAGAGGUCUUGCAUCUUCCUUGCUUUUGCUUUACUUCUGCAAGAAAGCUCUCUUAACAAGACGUUGGUUCUUUUGUGAAACAUCCACACUAGGUUGUGUGCUCUGGUUACUGUCUGAAUCUGAUUUACAAAUAUUUACAGAUGUGAUUAAAGCUCAAAAGUGAGCGCAAUGUGUCGACGACUGAUCACUUGCGGGGUCAGGUUGGAUCGUAUUUUUUAUGCCUGAGAAAAUAUAGUAGUGAAAUUAUCUUUAUAGUUGUUUUAGAAAAGCUUAGUUACAUGCUGUCGAUUUUCUUUCCA